CUCGAUUUUGCUCUGAGUGCACAGGUUUUUCAAGCCGUCAAAAACGCCGAGCGCGGCCUCACGCCAAUUACCAUUGUUCAUACAUCACUAGUGGAGUCAUUCUGACCUCUGGUACAGCGCUGCGCCAUUGGUGAGGAGCUUCCUCACCACCACUGCCCGCAUCUCCCGAGACACCACUGCUACUCGACGUCAGACGGAGUACAGCAGCGCUCGCGUGGGCACCUUUGGGGAUUGCAUAAUUAACUAUGGCCGCCCAAGCGCUCAGCGCAGAGACAAAUGAAAGCGCAUUCGUCGACGCCUGCGCGCUCGCGGACGUCGACGACGCCGCCGCGCGACACAGAGGCCUCGAGGUCAACGUCGGCGGCGUCUCGCUGAGCUUCUACCGCGCGCGCGACGGGACGGUCACGUGCGUCGAGACCGCGUGCCCGCACGCCGGCCACCGCUUGUGCGACGGCUACGCCGCGGACCCGGGCGACAUCGAGGAUUUGUUGCCGGGAACUGGCGUCCUGGCGACCUGUCCUGCCCAUAGUUACGUCUACGACACGAAGUCGGGCGUGUGCCUGGCGUCCUUCGGCGCCGGCGCGGGCCGCUGCGUCGUGCGAGCGACGCGGAUCGACGACGACCGCGUGCUUGUGUCGGCCGAAGCCUCGCCGGAGACACCACCCUUGGCCUUGCCGAAGGAACGGAGCAACGCGAUCGGCAUGCGCUGCGUCGAGCUCGCGCUCGACGAGAAGUUCGGCAGCGCCUAGCCACCCGGCCGGCCUCAUACGCCGCCGCCCCGAGUGUGAGGUCGGGAGGCGACGACGGCGAGGGGGGAGCAGGCCGGACGCCGCACGCCCAGGGCCGCCGCGGGGGAGCGAUGUUUGUUGUACUAAUACCGGU